CCACUCUAAACAUAUGUUUGCAGCGUGCAAGAAGUGCAUUCCUUGUUUUGAAUUAAAACACUAAGAACCUUCUUCCAUUUUUCUUAAUAAGUUGGCAAAAUACUGAAUAUAAAAAACUCCUUUCGAAGAUACAUUCCUAGGACCAGCAAGCAUGCCGCGGCGCUACAGCAAAGCUCUCAGAUUGGUUAAAUUAAACCAGUCAAACCAGACAAAAACUAGUGAUAAUGAGUCGGACUCCGAAGGAGAUUUUCCGGAGAAUGAAGAAGAAGAGGACCGGGUUAUAUGCAGGGCUCUGGAAAACGCACCUCAUUUCUCAUAUCCGGCCGUGAACACUGGAAGUCUUGGGCAAAUGCUGCACGAUCAGGACGAAGAUCAGGCGCAGGACUUUCCGAACUGCUCGGUCACAGUGCCACUCCCCCUUUUCCUGGCCCAAGAUGGGCAAACUCCUCGCAGCGAAGCCUGCGCCCAAAGACCCUGCGCGUACGAAGAAUGGACGCGGCAAUUGCAAUACUAUAAUUCCCAGUUCAAUAAGCGAACCAAAAAGAUGAAACAGCGGGAAAAGAAGCAUGAGCAGAAUGUCUACGAUGUGAGUAUUUUCGAUAUGGCGGAGCAUAUUGCCCGGCAGGAGAACGCCUUCUUCAGGGAUAGCUACGAUUACUAUUAUACCGGCGGAAACAUCAACGUGAUGCCAUUUGAAAGAGGAGGCACAUUGGCCAUGCAUGUCAGUGGUCCCAAGCUGAGGGAUCUUAACUUCUCCGAGGUUAAUAGCGAGGCUGAGCUAUGGCAACCACUGCAUACGGCAAGAAUGGAGGAAAGCUCCAGUGAAAUCUUUGAAGUCAUUCCCAUUAAGAGCGUGCAAGAAAAGCAUGGUCAUACGCUUUUGGCACGCUGUCUGAACGAGGUUUCCAUAUACGAACUGGAACGCCGGGACGAUCCCGAGGAGCUUGAAAAUUACGCACUGACUUGCCAAAGCACGUUUAGCAGUCUGGAAGCUCCAUAUGUUAGCGCUGCACAGUCGCUGGGUUAUGCUAAUACCUUGGCCUUAGCCUGCCAAGAUCGAUCUUUGCGAUACGUGGAUAUUCUGACCCAACAUGAUAUUGCCAAACACGACAUCUGCUUGCUCAAAGGACUGAGAGAAUGUACUAGUACCUGGGCACAGCUGUUGCCAGCCGAUGCAAGCACCUUUCAUUACCUCUCACAGACAGUUCUGCUCACGGUGGAUUCCAGAUGCGAACAGUCACUAAAUCCUUGCUUCGCCAGCAGCGUUCAUUCCAAAACCUGCGAAACCUUUUCGUGUAUGGCCAAAAGUGGGAAUCCCAAUCUUCUGUAUGUGGCUAGUAAUCACAAACUCCAUUGCUUGGACUUGAGAAGUUUGGGUAAAAAACUUGCUGAUCGCGCCGUGGUCACCUGGACACAUCAGAUGACCUAUCCACCCAAUUUAAUGGACACCUGCACGCACGAGGGCAGUGAAUACAUUGCAUUAGGUGGAGUUCUGCCCAGUGAUCAGCGUAUUUGCGAGUUAAAAGGGUCUUCGGCUAAGGGAACGGAGGAAAUGUUCUCGCCCGCAAUGCCUUUUGCUCCGCCAACCUUGGAAGAAGCUUUAAUUGAUGCUCGGUUGCGAGGUUUCGUUGAUAUCUAUGCUGAUCUUCCAGAGCGAGUUAAGUACUGCAUCACGGGUUUGCGCUUUAACCGAUUGGAGAAGGCAAGUGACCAAGCUUUCGCCCAACUUCUCACCGCCAACAGCUUGGGCGACGUCUACUGUCAAAGAUUAACGCUUAGGGACGAAGAGGAGCACGUCCAGGAGAUCAGAACUGGACUCCACACCACUGAGGCCAUACGAUACUUUUCGAAUCUUGUUCAUGAGCGCGUUCAACGACAGAACCUGCCCUGCACGGAAGUUCAGUCAAUACCCGAAGUGAGAGAAAUAUUUCGGGCGGGUGCCAAAAGAUCGGAACGCGAGGAAAAACCCAUUAUCGUAGAAGAAAUCGAAAUAGACUACGGAAUCGAAGACACUGAAGAUUCGGAUAAUAAAAGCCAAAGCUCCCAAGAACAAGUAGCCACAAAGUCCAAAAGCAAUGCUAAGAAGAAACCCAAAAAGAAGGUUAAGAAAAAAACGAAAACGAAACCAGAGCCCAAGAAAAAGACUCCGGCUAAAAAGAAUUUCAAGAAAGACAGGGGCAUAAAUCGUGGACCCUGGCAAAAGUCCGCAUACCAAAUGUCUCACUACACGGACAUGUUGUCUGUGCGUUUGCUGGAAAUAUGGGACAUGGACGAAUAUGACUACACGCGAGAUGUGGACAGGGAAAUGUUCCAGGAGCGGUUAAAUGAGAAGCAACUGGAGCCGGAGCAACGCAUGGCGAAGUGGUUAGAUGAACUGCCCAGCCAGCCAGUGGAAUCUAGAGAGGACGAGCAGGCGGAGGGAAAUCGCAACCUAGUCCCAGGAACUAAUCUCCCCAAGUUGUACGAUGCAGUCGCAGCGGAGUAUUUGGAAGUUCCAGUCCCUGACAAUAAUGAAGAUCCAUUCAUUAGUCCCAAAAAGGAACCGUUGGUCGGCUUUAUGCAGCAGCAUUCAAUCCUCUUGCCUGGACAAAAUACUAUCAUCGAGAGCGAUCCCAACCCCAGGCCUGCUAAAAGACCCAAGACCAAACACGUCAUGGGAUUCUAGCUUAAGGUUAAACAUACCCAGUUUAAAUAUAUUUGUAAUUUGAU